AAAGAUGAUGGAGAGGGGAGGAGAGUAGAGCUGUGUUGUGCAGUGUUUGGAGGAGGGACUCCAUCAUUUAAAGAAGUAAGAAGUUCCUGGUUUGGCAGUGAAGAAAUCUGAGAAGCAGCAGUAAACCAUCAGAGCCUCAACAUGAAAGUCCAACACACUUUGAUCUGCUUCUUCUUCCUCUUAUCAGCUCUGGAGGAUGGAAACACUGGUCUCCCAAAUGCCCCAAUCAAUGCGUUUACAGGAACUGAAAGAGGAGAUAUUACAGUUACAUGCUCCUUUUCUUCAUCUGGAAACUGGAUGAUCUUCUGCAAGAGAGAAUGUAAACUACAGGACACCCUCAUUGAAACAACUCGUAUCAUAAAACGGAGAGGCAGAUACAGCAUCACACAUAAAGGAGGAAAUGUUUUUGUGAGCAUCACACAGCUGACCAAGUCUGACUCAGGAUGGUACAGGUGUGGUUUGGGUGAAUCUUUGUCAUCAGCUUUAUUCGAAAGCGUUCAAAUCAUUGUUGUAGAUGCUCCAACCACUUCAACAACAAAAUUGUCUCUACUGGAUAUUACAACAUCAAUCCCAUCAGCCUCCACAACAACAACAACAACAACAACAACACAGAGUUCAAGCUCUCAGACUGAGCAGCAGCAGCAGCAGGCUUGGACUGCAUCAUCUAAAGGUUGGACCUCAUCCACCGCUCUUCUGCUGUAUGUUGUUCCGAUUGUUGUCAUCAUUGUCAUCAUCUCAGGGCUGGCACUGAUGAUAGUCUGUAUUCAGAGGAACACGAAACCUAAAGGUUUGCAGACCAGAGGAAGUUCAGACGGGACAAACAUUGAGAUUGCCCUCUAUGAGAACUGUCCUCCAGUUUGUGAUUCUGAAUCCACCUACGAGAGCCUCGAUCCAGCCAGCAGGGAUCAGAACCAGACCUACGCUACACUCACACACACACACAACACAAAUGAUGCUGUUUGUGUCUCACUGAGCACUGCAACUCUGCCAUAUACUCAGGUAUUCAGGUAGAUUAACGCUUUCUCACCAAGAAGCAGUCCACAUGAUCUUUAGCAGGUUUUAAAACUGAAAAAAGCACUUAGACCUACACGUUAGUGGUUCCAUUACAGUUUGGAUUCAGACCAGAACUUAAAAAAUUAGACCUUCCCCGACAGUCUUGGUUUCUUGUAACAGCCUGUGGACAGAUGUAAAGGGCUCAGGAUUGCUUUUCUGGCUAAAUCCAAAGGAUGAGAUGUUUAUAUGCUCCCGGUGCCUUCUUUUCUGCUCCCCUACAGAAACAACAAAAUAACUUUUUUUUCUGUCCACAGAUAACUGAAAAAAACAUAAACCACCAAAACAAUGUUGAGGGUAUACAGUAUCUCACAAAAGUGAGUACACCCCUUGCAUUUUUCUAAAUAUUUGAUUAUAUCUUUUAAUGUGACAACACUGAAGCAGAUUGAGCUUUGGAUUUGGAUAGAUUGAUCUUAUACCCAGAAAAUAUGCUAAACUGAUUGAUCAUCCCAAUCGAUGCUGGAACUGAUAAGGUCAGAUAAAAAACCCAUCAGCAUAAAGAGUUAUUUUAUGAUGCUUUUCCUCCACUAGUUAACCAUUUAUAGAAGGUGCACUUCUAAGAGCCUCGGCCAACGGUUCUUGGCAAGUGCAAAUUAAAGAGGCGAUAGAGGGCAACCCUGCCUGGUGCCCCUAUAAGUGCUUAACCCAUUAGUCAAUACCGCAGCUUGAGGAUCGGAAUAUAAGACCUUAAACCAUUUCACAAAAUCAUAUCCUUGACUAAACUUAUCUAAUGUAUAAAAUAAAUAUGCCCACUUGACUCUGUGCUUUCUCUGCAUCGAGGGAGAGCACCAAUCCAUCUACAGAUUUCUCUUUAUAGGACUGAAUAACAUUAUGAAGACGUCAAAUGUUGUGAGUUGAAUUUUGCCCCUUUAUAAAGCCAGUUUGGUUUUCUUUGACUGUUAUAGGCAAAAGAUCCUCUGGUCGAGUGACAAGGAUUUUAGAAAGCAGUUUCCUGUCAACAUUCAGAAGGGGUUGUCUAUGAGGGGAAGUCUAUGGGUCUCUAUGAUAACAAGAUUCAGAAAUACUGGCCUCCUCAAAAGUCUGUGGUAGUUCCAUGGUCAAGACGGAAUAAUUAAACAUUUCUAGCAAUGGUUCCAAAAUCAAGUUUUGAAAACAAUACAAGCUCAAAUGUACAUUGAAAGAGUUUUUUCUCUGUAGUUUUUCUUCUGUCAAUACUGGCCUUAUUAAAUUGAUAGGGGGACAAAA